AUGAAAGAAGAAAUACCAAUCUGGCUGAAAGACCUUGACAUCUUGAUACUCCUCGAGUCCAGACUCAGUGCUAACACCACGGCACCCACCAAAUUCCAAUUUGCAGGUUUCGUCACAUUUCGAAAGGAUAGAGAGACAGACAUCGGCGGUGGCAUCCUCAUUUUCAUUCGACAAAGCAUAGCCUUUAUAAUAAAUGACACCAAGAGGUUCUUGAAGGCAAUAGAGGAUCAGGACCCAGCCCUCUUCAUACACAAUACGGAAACACUCACACACGUGGACCCUCGCGACAAUCGAAGGAAAUCCAAGAUCGACCUGAUUAUUUCGACCAUCGAUGUAGCUGAUAGGCUUACCUACAACAUUGGAGACGAACUCUGCGGCUCGGACCACUACCCAUUACGACUGACAAUUAGCGUAGAAAAAAAUUACCACAGGAAAAAGACUUUCAAAAUCUAUACAAAAAGCACUGAAUGGGACAAAGUCCACGAGGAGCUGGAGACGAGUUACGAGACCUUUCUGUCUCGGGAAUUUGACAUCAGCAGCCCAGUCGAACAGUACAACACCUUCGUCAACACAGUUAAGGAAGCCAUACGGAAGCACACACCGAAGAGGAGGGAACAGAAGCCCAAGAACCCCGAGACGACUAAUAAGAGACAAAAAGAACAGGAUAAUCCGUGCAAAUGGUGGGACAACGAGUGUAGCAAGGCCAAACGGCUACGAAGAGCUGCUGAGAGAAAAUGGGAAUACUCGAACAGUGAAGCAGACCGCAUCAAAUACAACCGAGCCUCAGCCCAAGCAAAGAAACUAUUCAAGAAAAAGAAAAGGCAACACUUUCAAGAGUUUGCUCAGAGUCUGGACAGCAGAAGCAACGGCAGUUUCGUAUGGAAUACUUCCAAAAUUCUCAAGAACAAAUGGGUCAAAUUGUCUCACAACAAGGUCACCGACAAUCUACAGUGGCGCAACAACAUAGACAAAGCAAUUAACAAAAUAAGUCCAGCACAUGCAUGGACGGAUUUGACUGUCAUCUUGAAAAAAUUACCCGUCAAGUAUCACCUGAUCCUGCUGGACAUCUUCAACAACCUCUACAGAGCCGAAGAAUAUCCAGAGGAUUGGAUACACCACUUCAUCCACUUUAUACCCAAAACUGGUGGGUCGGAUGUUAGACCCAUAGCUCUGGCUCCAUGUCUGGCCGAACUGUUUGGAAGUUUGCUGAAAAUCAGACUGGACUGGUGGUUAGAGCACCACGACAAGAUCACCAACAGUCAAACGGGCUUUCGCAAGGGAGUAUCCUGCCAUAACAACCUGGUGAACCUAUCCUUCGGUCAAUGA